GUGUUCUAUCAGUAGCUUAGAUGAGCCGUCAGAUGGUGAUUGUACAUUAAUGGCAGGCAAACGAAAAGGCUACAUUUCAGUCUUUUGGACGGAACCAUACUGACAUUAAGUCUAUAUAUCCUAGUGUGACGGUGGGCGCAGACUGCGCUUCUCCACAGACGAUCACAAUGGCCUCCUGGAUAAUCCAGAUGAUGGUGAUGAUGGUGUCCAUCUUUAUAAAAGCCAGUCAUGGGAAGAGAGACCCAGUUCUUUAUUGUUCUGCAUGCAGAGCAAUAGUGGACGAACUGAACUACUCAAUCAGUCAAGUCGACCCGAGAAAAACCAUCGAUGUUGGUGGUUUUAGAGUCAACCCAGAUGGAAGCGUAAAGAACAAGCAGGUCCCACUGGCUCGCUCAGAGACUCACCUCAGCGAGCUUCUGGAGGAGGUUUGUAAAAGCAUGAGUGACUACGCCCUUCACCUGGACCCCGACACCCAGCAGAAGCAGUACAGGAGGUUUGCUCCUCGAAGCACCGGGACCGACGGAGGCUUUCCAGAUUUGAAGAAUUUCCAGUUUGAUGGCCCUGAAGCAUCGACCGGCCUGGCGUUUGCAUGUGAGACAUUAGUGGAGGAGCUGGAGGACGACAUCAUAUCCACGUUCAGUAAGAAGGCAGACGGAGUGGAGGAGCAGCUCUGCAGCAGUCUCUGUGAUCGAAGCGGCUCUCGUACCAACCAGGAAUUAUGAAGGUUUGCUCCAUCCACGGACCUCCUCGACCAGCUUCACUGUACCGACCAACCGUUCGUGAAACCUUGUUUUUUCUAAAUGAUGACCACUAUUUUUAAAGAAAUAAAAACUUGAUCUUGCAAAACAA